AUGGAAUACUCUUCGCCGCUGGCUGCUUUGCGGCCGCAACCGUGUCCAGUCUGGGCCAAUGGCAAGGACCUGCCAAUGGCUCGCCCAGCAUAUUCCGGAUAUCAAGCCUUUGCACCCAGCAGCUUCAACUUCAAGGACAUGAGCAUGCAGCCGCCAAGACCGGCGAGGCAGGAUUACUUCACGCUCAAGCCUACGAGAGGCUCAUCUCCCACUGCGAGCUUGACUGCCGAUCUAGACGCGAACUUCCACAUCGACAAGAGUCCACAAGCUCCUACUCCGCGCAGGUCCUUGUUCACAACCAACCUGUUCAGAGCUCGUGACGAAGCUGGACCACUUUCGACUCCGCCCAUAGAGAUCGAAGGAGCAAGGACCCCUCCCAUCCUUUCCUCAUCACCUGGCAUACCCGAUAUGAUGGAUGUGUCGCCAUUGCCGCACAAGGCUCCCUACUUUGUAGCACAAGUCACACUUCCCUCCCCGUCGCCUGAAGAGACGCCAGAAGAGACGCUCGUCUCGCCAGAUUUGCUUUCUCCAACCGAGAUCUUCCCGGCGGCGACUGUGCCGCUGACACAGUAUUCGACGUUCCUGGCACUGCCUGAACGCACACGACGACAAGUCACAAGACCUUCAUUAACCCGCACAAAAGGUUACUCCACAAACCACAUUCCACUGCAGCCAGCCAGCGCCGAACACUCCCUGCCCCCUUUCCGUUUCGGCAAUGUCACCACGAAUGCCCUUAGUUGUACAUCCACGCCAACGUUAGCAGAAAGCUUCACAGAGUCGCCUGUCGAAGCAUUAACGACUCCGCCAGUGUUGCCGAUGGUGCCGCCGCCUAGACGACCGUCUCUAAGCUCGGUGGGCCGCACAAACGGCUCGCCUGGUACUGGCCAUGUCCGCAAACCUUCUGGCGGCCGACCUGCUUUCGUGCGGCCGCAGCGUAAGAUCAUGCGGAGAUCGCUCAGUAUGUUCCAGCAUCCGGACGACGUGAUGAAAGAGGAGCAAGAUUCGUUCGAGCCGCAGCCCAACCUGACGUCGGCCAUGGACAUCGAUCAACAAGAACCCGAACUUCAGCUGCCGCAUCACCUGAACAGCGACGAGCCGGACGGCUUGCCUCGCAUAUCCCAGCUCACCAUGGUCGACGUGCUGGAGAAGAAGUACGAUUCCCACUAUGACCUCAUCAAAGUCAUCGACUGCAGGUUCGAAUAUGAAUACAACGGCGGUCAUAUUGAUGGAGCCGUCAACUUCAACGACAAGCAAUUACUCACUCAUGAACUAUUUAACGCGCCCACUACUGACCGGACAUUACUCAUCUUCCAUUGUGAAUACUCCGUGCAUCGCGCACCACUCACGGCCAAGUUCGUCCGCAGCCACGACCGCAACGUCAACGCAGCAUGCUACCCCAAGCUUACCUACCCGGAAAUGUACGUCCUCGACGGCGGCUACAGCAAGUUCUUCGCCAACCACCGCGCCAAGUGCUUCCCGCAGAACUACGUGGAGAUGAACGAUCAGCGCCACGAGCAGGACUGCGAGCGCGGUAUGGCUAAAGUGAAGGGGCGACAGAAGCUGUUCCGCGCGCAGACGUUUGCGUUCGGGCAGAACGCGCACGAUGGGAUGGAUGCCUCACCUACUGCUUCUGGGCGUAGCAUGGGCGCCCGGAGUCACAGCUCGUUUGCCGUCCGCGCAGAUAUAUCGGAAGGCGUCAGCCAGUCCUUUUCCAGGCGUAUGGCUUCGUAUUGA